AUGGCAACCAGAGUCGCUAUUUGUUCCAUCACACUUUUACUCUUCCUCUUUAUCACCCUCUCACGCGCUCGCGAUCUCCAUAACUCACUUUCCGAAUCCCCCACGCGCUCCAAACCCCAACAAUACGACACCGUUCCGUUCAAUCUCAACUCCAUCGACCACCUUCCGGUAGUAACGCUCCCCGAUCUCCGUCCCAUCAACCGUCACGUCCAUGUACUUCGUCCUUUGCCGUUGGAGUUCCCCUUAUCUCACCGUCACGUCCAUGUACUUCGUCCUUUGCCGUUGGAGUUCCCCUUAUCUCACCGACACCGCCGUUGCCGCCAUGGCCACCGCCGCCAGAUCCCUUACGGCAACGACAUGAUCUUGGCUAAAGACCGCCAGAUCCCUUACGGUAACGACAUGAUCUUGGCGAACGAUUCCGGCAGUAAAGAUCGCCGGAUCCCGAAACGGUUGUCGAGGUUUCACGGUGGUGAGGUGAUGAGUUUUGAUCGUCCUCACAUCCAUAGCCACGAUCGUCAUGAGAAGAGUUGGUUUUCAAAGAAGAUUCACGAGUUCUUGAACUUGUUCUGA